AUGAAAGAUUAUACCAUCCGCAGAGGUGUGGACUAUCGGGUAUAUGAGUCGGAACCGACGACAAUCUAUGCCAAAUGCACAGAAUAUGGGAAUGGUUGUGACUGGUUGAUCAGGGUAACCAAAAUGCAGAAGAAGUACUGUUGGGAGAUAAGGAGGUACAAUGGAAGUCACACUUGUACCAGGUCUACUAUUUCUCAAGACCAUUCGAAGCUGGAUUCCAAGACAGUUGCAGAAGCAAUAAAGCCGUUGGUAGAGGUUGAUCCGUCUAUAAAGGUGAAAACAGUAAUUGCUGAUGUCCAGUCAAAGUUUAACUACACCAUCAGUUAUCGCAAGGCUUGGUUAGCAAAGCAGCAGGCGGUCGAAUCAAUUUUCGGAAGUUGGGAAGCAUCGUACGAAGCUUUGCCCAUAUGGUUUGAGGCCAUGUGCCACAAAGAGCCAUCAGUAGUGGUUCACUUUGAAACAAUGCCUGCUUACCAGGGAGAUGAUUUGGUUCCUGAUAUACGUGUUCUACAUAGAGUCUUUUGGAGUUAUUACCCCUGUAUAAGGGCCUUCAGACACUGCAAGCCAGUGGUGCAGGUGGACGGAACUCAUUUGUAUGGAAAAUACAAGGGUUGUUUAUUGGUUGCAGUCUCACAAGAUGGUAAAAACAACAUCGUGCCUAUUGCAUUUGCCAUAGUGGAGGGAGAGACUUCUGAUGCAUGGUACUUUUUUCUGAGCAACCUGCGUCAACACGUGGUGACACGUGAUGGUGUGGGACUUAUCUCUGAUCGACACGAUUCGAUUAGGUCAGCUAUUGAACGAAGUAAUGGGGUGUGGUCUCCUCCUAGAGCUUUCCAUAUGUUUUGUAUCCGGCAUAUUGAGUCCAACUUCUUGAGGAAGUUCAAGGCACCUUACUUGCAGAAGCUUAUCGUCAAUAUUUGUAAGUUUGAAUAG